AUCAUAAGGCGACGUUGUUGUGCAGGAGCCAAGAUGGAGGGAGGCUAACGACGGAGCCGAAACUGGGAAUCCGGUCGCCACAGAUUCAAAGAAGAAGAAGACGGAGCUGAAUUAAUAGGACCGGGUCAACAUUUACCUGGUAGCGGCUUCGACAGCGUCAGGAUCAGAGUGCCAUCAUGCAAAGAGAGACCAGCCACACUAUGUGACACUUGGUUGCUGCUUACUAAAAGGUGGUUUUUCACUGUGCCAUGGACAACUGGAAACCAAACCCCCGAGCCAAGCCAUUUGUCCCAAGACAACAGCGCAGCCUGUAUCUGACGUGGAAGUACAAGCUGACAAACCAGAGAGCCAUCAGGAGGCUCUGUCAGACAGGUGCUGUGCUCUUUUUGUUGGUGACUGUGAUUGUGAACAUUAAGCUCAUUUUAGACACCAGAAGAGCAGUGAUUGAGGAAGAGGAUGUGCAGGAAUAUGAUGAAGCCUUGCCAAACAUGGAAACUCCACGGAGACCAGCCAGUGGAAGGAGGGUCCUGGACAUCGAGGUGUAUUCCAGUCGGUCCAAAGUCUACGUUGCAGUGGAUGGGACAACGGUUUUAGAGGACGAAAUGCGAGAGCAAGGGCGUGGAAUUCAUGUGAUCGUUCUCAACCAGGCUACGGGGCAUGUCAUGGCAAAGCGGGUCUUUGAUACAUACUCUCCACAUGAAGAUGAAGCAAUGGUGCUCUUCUUGAACAUGGUGACUCGUGGGAGAAUCCUGAUCUUCACUAUCAAGGAUGAAGGCUCAUUUCACCUGAAAGACGCAGCAAAGAACCUCCUUAAGGGGUUUGGAAGUCAAAUUUCUACGUUAUUGAGCUGGCGUGAUAUGUGGACGCUGGUUGUCAAGAAGGGAGGCAAAGUUUAUGGAGAAAAGCAUUCAAAAUCCCAAGCAUUAUCAACAUGGGGUGAUCCAGUGCUGCUGAAGACUGAAGUGCAACUGACCUCAUCUGAAGAUGCAGAGUGCCACUGGCCAGACACAGAAUUAAACCGCCGCAGGAAAGUGUUCUGCAGUAAAGUGGAAGGCUACGGCAGCAUUUGUAGCUGCAAGGAUCCGGCCCCCAUUGAGUUCACACCAGAUCCUUUGCCAGACAACAAGGUGUCUGAUGUUCCUGUGACUGUAAUUGCAGGGAAUCGACCAAACUACCUUUACAGGAUGCUGCGAUCACUGCUUUCUGCACAAGGUGUAAAUCCUCAGAUGAUCAUUGUAUUUAUAGAUGGAUACUAUGAGGAACCAAUGGAUGUGGUUGAGUUAUUUGGCCUGAAAGGCAUUCAGCACACUCCUAUCAGUAUCAAGAACGCCCGAGUGUCUCAGCACUACAAAGCCAGUUUGACAGCAACUUUCAAUCUGUACCCUGAUGCAAAGUAUGCAAUAGUCUUGGAGGAAGACUUGGACUUGUCAGUGGAUUUCUUCAGUUUCCUAAGCCAGACGAUUCAUUUGCUGGAUGAAGACGAGAGCAUUUACUGCAUUUCUGCCUGGAAUGAUCAGGGCUAUGAGCACACGGCUGAAGACCCUGCUCUCCUUUACAGAGUGGAGAGUAUGCCUGGCCUUGGAUGGGUUUUGAAGAAGAGCCUCUAUAAAGAAGAACUGGAACCCAAAUGGCCAACACCAGAGAAGAUGUGGGACUGGGACAUGUGGCUGCGAAUGCCUGAGCAGAGGAAAGGCCGGGAAUGUGUAAUACCUGAUGUGUCCAGGUCGUAUCACUUUGGCAUCGUGGGACUCAACAUGAACGGAUAUUUCCACGAAGUGUACUUUAAGAAACAUAAGCUCAACACAAUUCCCAAUGUCCAGCUGAAGAACGUUCAGAGCUUGAGAAAGGAUGCUUAUGAAGUUGAAAUUCACAGAUUGUUGGGAGAGGCAAUCUUGUUGGAUCACACCAAAAACCCUUGUGAAGAUUCAUUUAUUCCAGACACUGAGGGUAAAACCUACGUCAUGUACAUUAAAAUGGAUCAAGAGAGUGAAAGCACAACGUGGAUCGAACUGGCAAAGUGCCUUCAUGUUUGGGAUUUGGAUGUCCGAGGAAACCAUAAAGGACUGUGGCGACUUUUCAGGAAGAAAAACCACAUUCUUGUCAUUGGAACUCCUGUUUCUCCUUAUUCCACCAAGAAGCCUCCCCAGCUCAUACCCAUCCACUUAGAACCCCCACCGAAGGAGGAUUUGGCCGUGGCUGUGGCCGAGCAGACGUAACUCCAUGGAGGACAGACUCCCAUUUAAAACCUGGCAGCUGCCAGCGGGAAGUGAGAACCACUAACUGCUGACCAAGACCCCAGAUCUCCACCCGAGCGGAAAGGAAUGUUGGAUGGCCUUCACUUUUUCACAACUUGAAACUCUUGUUUCCUUCAAUAUUGUUCAUUCCGUUUAAGUGUCUGGAACGGCUUUGCAUACUGACCAGCUGCACUCUCUGUUACCGCUGACACUAUAAUAACCUUUGGGAGGGAAAAAAUAAGCUGUGAACAUCUCCUCGUUGUCCCUUGGUGCAGAGCAGGUGUGGAUGGGCCAGAAUUUUGACCGUGUUUGACCCCGGUGGGAAGUGGAUGUUAAAUCAAGGAGGCUGCUUUACCACGAAAGGGAUGCCCUAAUCAUUGAUUGACACCGACUGAAAAGACAAUUUGGACUCGGUUGUCUUUCCAUAUUUUUUUUUUCUUUUUUUAGCAUUUUAAGUUAUAUAUUUAUUGGAUGGAGGUUGGCUUAGAUAGAGGAUUAUGCUUCUGUCAUUUUAAAACCAUCGGUUUUCGUAUAUGCUAGAAUGUUGGAUUUUACUGUUACGUAUUUUGUUUUUAAUUUAAUCGUUUUAUUUUUGAAUGGUUUGGGAUAAGCUACUAGUCUGAGUAACACUAAAAUGUCAUGUUAACACUGGAAGUCAGGUGACGAGGUACCCCCAAUUCCUCCACCAUGUACAGUAGAAUCUCCAGAUUUUCCUGUCAUGGCUGUCACAGGAGUUGUGUCAACUUGAAUUGUUGUUAUUGUGAAGGGAGACUUAGUGAGCCUGUACCUCCGACUGACCGCUUCUGAUUCAUAAUGGGCUACUUGUGCAGAGAGAGCAGUGCCUUUCAGGACCUAAUAGUGCCACUGCUGCGUCAUUGUCAUUUUCAGCAGUUACUUCGAAUGACCAUUAGGUGACAGCACCCAUGUGCCAAACUUCUAUUGGAAUAUUAGCAUCAGUUGUGGCUCCUGACGAUACUCUGCAGUGACCAAUAGGUGGCAGCACUUUCUGACGUUUCCCCAGGUUGCCACCAUCAUUCAUUAGGGUCUGUCACAUUUUGUUUCUUGCCAAUAUGACGUAAAGCGUCAGUAAAUUAAAAGUCACCGUUCAGGGAGUUUUUAUCCCUUAUAUGACAGAGUCGUAUAUUAUUUUGUUUUUCCCCUAGUUUGUUAACUCCCAAGUGGAAGAACAAUCGUGCAAGACUGAGCAAGCAGUGUGGCUUCCGCAUCUAGCCACAAAUGAUGGGUUCCAAAAGUUGUGACUCUGUUUGGAAUGAGUCUUAGUCUGGGGGAAAAAAAUUUUUUUAAAUGAAGUAGGUUUUGGCCUCCGCACAUAAAAAUGUAACUCUGUAUACCCAGUGGGUGACAGAAGUUGGCGGCCUGGGUCAGGCCUUUGUAUAGAUAACAAUUAACUGAAUUUAAUGGAGGGAUUAUCCAGUGACGCCUGCUGCUGCCCAGCUUCUUCUGAGGCGUGCGUGAUCUCUUUGUUCUUUUUGCUAUUUUGGUGAAAUCACAGGUGAAGCCGUUCCCGUUGUUCACUUUUCUAUUCAGUCUGGGAUUGCAAAGGUUUCUCUUAAAAUAAAGUUUUAACUUUGUUGCCUAAA